GGAAGACUGGGCUGAGAAACAAUACAGAAUGAUACUGCAAGAAAGGUUUCAGAAGGCUUUGAGAAUGAAGGGUUUCGCAGUCUUUUUGAUGGCACUAUGUUGCUGUCUGUCUGGGACACAAGGAGACCAUGACAACCAGAAAGCAUGCUGCCCAUCUGACACUUGCUCUCUGAUGAAGGAACUGAUCUCUAUAGCAGAGAAACUAGGAUCCAUGGGGGAGAAACUGGGAACUAUGGGGGAUAACCUGAGACUCAUGGAGACCCGGUUACAAACCAGUGAGAAUGAAGUGGAGGAGCUGAAGAGACUAACUGGAGGUCGGCCUCAGGUGGCCUUCUCCGCAACUCUCUGGGAGACAGGCGAUGCCCCUGGGAACACAGGACCGUUCACCACUCCCAUUCCCCUGCAGUACAAGAAGGUCUUCUCAAACACCGGCAGCUCCUACAACCCUGCAACAGGUAUCUUCACUGCCACGGUCAAAGGAAUGUACUACUUCCAUUUCACGAUGAUGAACAACCUGAACACCCCUCCUAAUUCUGUGGUGUGUUUGACCAAGAAUGGCCAGAGGCUGGUGUCUGUCUGGGACACUGUAGGAACCGAUGCGCACGACAGUGGCAGCAAUGCAGUGGUCAUUCCUCUGGAGGUGGGAGAUAACGUCUGUGUUGAGUUACAGGCUAAUAGGCUGGUCCAUGAUGACAUCAUGAACUACAACACCUUCAGUGGAUUCCUGCUCUUCCCCAUGUAAACAUUGAACACAUUUCAACAGCUAAAAUGGUUGAAAUUACUUUCUUUUUUAUAUAAGGGUUGUAUUCAAUCCGUAUCGCAGAAGUUCCGCGUUGUAGCCCGAUUGCCUUUAAAUGUCAGUGUCAACUGCAUUUACAGCAAACCGGCUCGAUUGGAAAUUAGGUUUAAGUUUCAAGCACGCGCAACGCAGAUUUUCAGCGAUAUGGAUUGAAUCCUGCCCUUAAGUUAGUAGACAUAAAAUAGUCAUCUGUAGCACACAGUGGGGUUAUCAUGCUGUGAAAUAAUAUGCUUCCGCUUUUAUUGUCACACUUUCCACAAGGCUGCUGUUCCACCACAAGACAAAAACUAUUUUUCAAAAGAAUGUGUCAUCUGGUGGACAUAACUGUAAAAAUUAAAAGCCAUUGGUCUUAGAGGCAACUAUAAAAUGUUUUUACAGUAACGGUUCACUGAGAAAAAUUAUUCCAAAUUCAUAGCAGUUACAAUACAUGCACAUUAAACUUACAUCUGGCAAAUGUUUAACAACCA